AUGGCUACAACCCCGCCAAACUUACCGUCGAGCUCGACAUCCUCGUCAAAGCCCGAUGCGGCCACGAAAUGGGCCUGUUCUGCCUGCAACGCUGGGCCGACGGGGGCAAUUCUCUGGAUUAAACAUAAACUAAAAGAAUUUCUAAUAGAAAAAGAAUUAACCUGCCCGUACUGCACAGUCACGAUGCUUGAUGAGAUCGACCCCGAUUCCGCCCUGGAUCAGCUCCUGCACCGACGUCGCGUCGCCGCCGAUGAAGAGGGCGAUGCGCUGAUGGUUGCGGCGGAUAGGAUGCUAUAUCUGCGCCGUCAGCAGGCGCGGAAGAUGAAGGAACGCGUGCGUAUCUAG